UCUACUUAUAAUAACCGGGAAGAUGAAAACCAUAGAUUGUGCCGUUCAGCUCAUGCCUAUCCGCAGCAUCACUCUGAAGAGUCGUUUGAAGCUGAAGUUGAUUCACUUCCCUUGUCUUAUGGUGAGAGCAUGAAUGAGGUCAAUUUGAAUGGAAACUUGGAAAUGGCCUACAAUAAACGCUAUUACACUGGUGCCCUAAAUGUUCAGCUAGAGCCAGUUGAGAGUUCAUUUCAGAAAUUGAGUUAUCAUGAAGAAUUUUCUCAUACGAAUUCUAACUCGGAACCAUUGUUUGGUAUUCAUGGAGAGGAGAGAAAUGAAUUUACUAAUGUUUAUCAUGACUAUCAAAGACAAGUUUACCAUCAGCCAAGCAAUUUUGAGCUUGAACCCUACAAACCAACUUGGGCUCGGUAUUCUGGAAACUACAGGAUCUCUGAAGAAGAUGUAUAUUCUGGUUCCCAACCU